GGGAAGCAGUGGUAUCAAAGCCGGAGAUUAAGAGGGGCAGCGGCAGAAACGGGGUGAGGCUGCUUUGUAGCAUCUUGGAAAGCACAAUGGCCCGUCAGGCCGUGCCAGCACCCCGGCAGCUAUUCAUUCCUCUCCGAUGCAGGCAUUAGUCAACAAGAACUUCCUUUCAGAAGAGCCAUUAAAGGUAAUAAGUGAAAAAAAACACCCUUUCCCAUCUUGAGAGAAGAAGAGAAACAAUGAAUUCAUAACUGAAAAAGAAGAACGCUGUGGUUGAAACCAUCAUUCAAACGAACAAACAAACAAACCAAGAAGAAAUAAAGCUCUCUGGUUCAAGAUGAAUUACAGAACACCCACUGUAAGCAAUCUGUACCUCAGUGGCACCACCAGGCCUGAGACAGACCAUGGGACAACUGUUGAUGAGACUGGAUCAGAAACUGUUGCAAUGACACCUGAACCCAGCAGCUUUAUCAGCACCAAAAUUCCAGAUGUGGUCAGCAAUGGCCCAGUCAUGGAGACCAUGCUGUUGUCCUUUGGCAUCAUUACUGUUAUCGGGUUGGCGGUAGCAGUGGUUUUGUAUAUUCGGAAGAGGAAACGACUGGAAAAGUUACGACACCAGCUCAUGCCCAUGUACAAUUUUGAUCCUACAGAAGAACAAGAUGAGCUAGAGCAAGAACUGCUGGAGCAUGGCAGAGAUGCUGCUUCUGUUCAGGCUGCCCAAAGCAAGGAACUGUUGAAUAUUGAUCCCCCAAAUCCAAAACUCUUUAAUACCUAA